AAAGCGCCAUUGGAUUUAAAUAUACAAUGUGGAGUAAUCACUUCAACUAAUCAUCUUCCUUGUAGAAGAUCAAUAACAUGUAAAAUACAUUCGAUGGGAGCAAAAAGAGCUGUAGAAGGAAGAAGUCAAUCUUUAAAUGAAUUAAUUUUAGUUUAUCACAAAAAGAAAUAA